UCUAAAUGAAGAGCUGGACUGAGAAGAGAAAAACAGGAAAUGGAGCUGGGGAGAUGAAAACCUGCAGAACAACAAAAGAUUCCCAUACUUAAAAAAAUGAGUCAAACAUCUCUGAAACAGAAAAAGAAGAAUGAGCCCGGGACGAGGUAUUCAAAAGAGAGUCUAGACUCAGAAAAAAGGCGGGAAUCUGAGAAAUCGGGCGUCCGUCUGAGCACUCAGAUGAGACAUGCAGGCAAUCCGAGUCACUCGCUGAGAUGUUGCCCCAUGCGGGGUCACCCGUCGUGUAGACGCUGCCUCUGUGCAGCUGGGGGAGCUGGCCCCUGUCGCACAGCACGUGUUUAUAUUCACAUGUGCCUUUUGUGGGAGCAGGGCCAGCAGAUCACCAUGAUCAGGGAAUCCCAAGAAUUAUCCAUACCAAAGUCCAACUCUCGAGGGCAACUUGGGCGAAACCAGUGGUCCCGCACAUCAGGAAUCUCAUCCACCAGGCCUCCAGAAGAGUCCAGAAGCAGGAACAGCACCCUUAAGCAUCCCCCCAGCUCCACGACCUCCCGGACCUCCUCGGCCUCCCCCAGCCAGCAUGAGGAGUCGCCUCCGCCGCCGCAGUCCGGGCAACCCUCGCCUCCAGUGCCCAACACGCCGGCGCCCACGCCUGCGGUCACAUCAGUCAACUCGCUGUCCUUCACUCCCCCUGACUUCGAGCCCUCCCGGCGCGGCAAGUUGCGUGACAGCCCCGACGCCUGGGCGCAGAGCAUCGGGCGCGAGGUUCGCGAGUCCCGAGACUCUCGCCCGCAGACCCAGGAGUACCCGGUGACGCCGCCCACCGAGUGGCGCUCCUACGCGCAGCGCCGCGCGCUCUACGGCUCCAACCAGGAAGACCGCGACUGCCUGUCAGAGCUGCAGCAGAAACCGCCCAGAUCGAAGGCUUCCUGCGGCGGGCAGGAGGACGAGGAAGAGGAGGACGAGGAGAAGGAGAACGAGGAGGCCUACUGGGCCUCGGUAAAGAAGCUGUACGAAAAGAUCCCCAGCUGCGCGCGCCCCCGGCCGCCCAAGCCCAAACACGCUAUCACUGUCGCCGUCUCCUCCCGGGCUCUGUUCAACAUGGUGGAUGACAGGCGCAUCUACGAGGAGGAAGGUCUGGAGAAGUACAUGGAGUACCAGCUCGCCAAUGAGAACGUGGUCCUCACACCAGGCCCCGCCUUCCGCUUCGUCAAGGCCCUGCAGCAUGUCAAUGCUAGACUGCGUGAGCUGUAUCCUGAUGAACAGGACUUAUUUGAUAUUGUACUGAUGACUAAUAACCAUGCCCAAGUGGGAGUGAGGCUUAUAAACAGCGUCAAUCACUAUGGGUUACUCAUUGACCGAUUCUGCUUGACUGGUGGAAAAAGCCCCAUUGGCUAUUUGAAGGCAUAUCUUACCAACUUGUAUCUUUCUGCGGAUUCUGAAAAAGUACAGGAGGCAAUACAAGAAGGAAUUGCCUCUGCAACAAUGUUUGAUGGAGCCAGAGACAUGGCUUACUGUGACACACAGCUCCGCGUGGCCUUUGAUGGAGAUGCUGUCCUCUUCUCAGACGAGUCUGAACAUAUUGCCAAGGAGCACGGGCUGGACAAAUUCUUUCAACAUGAAACAAUGUUUGAGAAUAAGCCUCUUGCUCAGGGUCCCCUGAAAGGCUUCCUGGAAGAUUUAGGCCGACUGCAAAAGAAGUUUUAUGCCAAAGAUGAAAGGUUACUUUGUCCCAUCAGGACCUACUUGGUUACAGCCAGAAGUGCAGCCAGUUCAGGUGCCCGUGUGCUGAAGACCCUCCGCCGAUGGGGCCUAGAGAUAGACGAGGCUCUCUUCCUUGCUGGAGCCCCCAAGGGUCCGAUCCUGGUGAAGAUCAGGCCACACAUCUUCUUUGAUGACCAGAUGUUCCACAUUGAAGGGGCACAGAAAUUUGGCACCAUCACAGCUCAUGUACCUUAUGGCGUCAGUCAAAAAUACAAAACUUAGGGAUGGAUGGAGAGGAAUAAAAAAAUGACAGUCUCGUACAAUAGAUGACACUCCUUUUGGGUAUCUGGAGUAAUUAAGUAUUUCAGAAGAUUGGACCUCAGAACUUCGCUUCUCUUCACUUCUUUGAAAACAUUUUCAACUCUGAAGUUACCUUGAAGCUACUUCUCUUCAAGCAGUCAAUGCUAUUGAACACCACUGUGCCUAUUUCUGUGUAAGUCGUGAUGAUUCUUUGGGAUGUUUCGAACUUGAGUACUUGAGUGCUCGUGGGGCUGUUUCAGAAGCUUGCUUGGUUUCACAAAGCAUGGCUCCUUUUUAGGUGGAGAUGGAAUGAAUUGUUAGCCAUCAUCAUCUAGAAGAGUGGUCUUAACAGGUGAAGGCGUAUGACUAAGUUCACUGUUGAAAACUCGUGUUUUGUUUUCUCUAAUGUCCAGCCCUUUGACCAAAUCAAAUGAAAAUGCCACUUCACCUGGAUCUGGACACUGCUCAUUUGGAAAUCAGCUGAUAUUUCCUACAGGGCACAUUCUAAAAUGACCUUCCAGAGUUUCCUGAGAAGGGACUUCGAAGCUUUCUUGGUGGGUUAAUUGCCUGGAGAUCACAGACCUUCAUACUUGAAGUCUCUGGUGCUGAGGCUACAGGUUGACCCAAUACUUGCAUGGUGGAAAAGUAAAAGAAAAAAAAAAAA